AAUGUAUGAAACAUUAAGCAGCCGAACCGGCAACGGAAACAGAACUCACCCGAUCUCAUUCUUCUGCACCGAGUAAUGGUGUAGUGUAGUCACUAGAGUCUCCCGGAUUCUGGUUCAGCGCUGAUCGCAACUGCAUUAUCUCGACCAGAAUAUAAAAUGAGUACCGCUACCUACAAGGAUCCCGAAAAGCCCGUGGAGCAGGCCCUGAUCCACAGGAUUCGUAUCACCCUCACCUCCAGAAACGUCAGGAGCUUGGAGAAAGUGUGCACUGAUUUGAUCAAUGGAGCCAAGAAGCAGAAGCUUCGUGUGAAGGGCCCAGUCCGCAUGCCCACCAAGAUCCUCCGGAUUACCACAAGAAAGACACCUUGCGGUGAAGGUUCAAAGACUUGGGAUAGGUUCCAGAUGAGGAUCCACAAGAGAGUCAUCGAUCUUCACAGCCCGUCCGAGAUUGUGAAGCAGAUUACUUCCAUCAGUAUCGAACCUGGUGUCGAGGUUGAGGUUACCAUCGCUGACUCGUAAGCUGUAACUCAUUGCUUAUUCCUUCGUUCAUCAUGAAUUAAAGGGGAGACGCAAUUUCUA